AUGGCCCAUCAAUCACACCCCUACCACAUAGUCGACCCCAGCCCGUGGCCCCUAACGGGCGCCGUCGCUGCCCUACUAAUGACAUCAGGUCUUGCAAUCUGAUUCCACUUCCACUCAGUACCUCUUAUGGCACUAGGCACCGCCCUCCUUGUCCUGACUGUGUGCCAGUGAUGACGAGACGUAGUCCGAGAAGGUACAUUUCAAGGACACCAUACACCUCCCGUUCAGAAAGGCCUUCGGUACGGAAUAAUCCUCUUUAUCACCUCCGAAGUACUCUUCUUCCUCGGCUUCUUCUGAGCAUUCUAUCAUUCGAGCCUCGCACCCACCCCUGAACUAGGAGGGCACUGACCCCCCACCGGCAUUACCGCUCUAGACCCUUUCGAAGUGCCACUCCUGAAUACAGCCGUCCUACUUGCCUCAGGUGUUACAGUUACCUGAGCCCACCACAGUAUUAUGGAAGCAAAACGGAAGCAAGCAAUUCAAUCCUUAGCGCUUACAAUCCUUCUUGGAGCCUACUUCACCUUCCUCCAAGCCAUAGAAUACAACGAAGCCCCCUUCACAAUUGCUGACGGUGUUUAUGGCGCUACCUUUUUUGUAGCGACGGGAUUCCAUGGACUCCACGUCCUCAUCGGCUCAACAUUCCUGGCCGUCUGCCUACUACGGCAAGUCCGGCACCACUUCACAUCUAACCAUCACUUUGGAUUCGAGGCAGCUGCCUGAUACUGACACUUUGUAGACGUUGUUUGACUUUUCCUUUACAUCUCCAUUUAUUGAUGAGGAUCUUAA